AUGGCAACGAUCAGUAACAUCUCCCCCAAAUACAAAGACAUCAUCUCCAAAAGUGUUCAGAUCCGUUCAGGACCUCCUGCUGUAUACCAGCUGAGACCAAAGGAAACUAAGAUCGGUUCUCUGACUAUAAAGACUGUUGGUGAAAAAAACACAAACAAGGCAAAUAAAAACAUCUUACUUGUGGGUGAAACAGGAGCAGGAAAAUCUACUCUGAUCAACUCUAUGGUCAACUACACCAUGGGAGUGAAGGGUGACGAUAAAGUCUGGUUUCAGAUCAUAGAGGAGGCGAAGAAGAAAUGUCAGUCAGAAAGUCAGACGCCAGAUGUAAUCAUGUACGAGAUCUUUGAUGUUAAAGAUCAAACUCUUCCCUACUCUCUGACCAUCAUCGAUACUCCUGGAUAUGGAAACACCAGAGGGACUGCAAAAGAUGACAUCGUCAUUACAAGGUUAUUUGAAUUGUUUCAAUCAGAGGAUGGAGUUCAUGAAGUUCAUGCAGUUUGUUUGGUGAUGAAGGCAACAGAUAAUCGAGUGAGUUACCGACUGAAGUAUGUCUUUGAUUCAUUGAUGUCUCUGUUUGGAAAAGAUGUGGAGAAAAACAUUGUAGCUCUGAUCACACACUCAGAUGGAAUGCCAGCUAAAAAUGUUCUUGAGGCUCUUCAAGCAGCAAAAAUUAAAUGUGCUAAAAAUGAGAAGAAUCUGCCUGCUCACUUCCUGUUUAAUAACUGCCUGAACACAGAAAUAACUGAGGAAAAUGAGUUUGGUUUGAACACAGCAUGGAGGGUGACAGAGAGAGGAAUGAAUCAAUUCAAAGUCUUCCUGGAAAAAACUCCUCCUCAGAAACUGAAGACAACGGUUGAAGUGUUGAAUUCACAAAUCAGACUGAAAGCCUGCAUCCAAAACCUGCAGGAGAGAAUCAAGUUCAUUGAAGAAAAACAGAAAGAAAUCACAGAGACAAAAGAAGCUCUGAACAAUUACAGAAAGCAGAUGGAGAAUAAUGAAAAGUUUACUGUAGAAGUUCCAGAGAAUUACAAAGACAAAGAACCCAUUGAUGGUGGGUGGUGGGGCUUGGGUUUUUAUGAAGGAGCUGUCUGCUGUACAGUCUGUGAGGAGAACUGUCACCAUCCUGGAUGCAAAGUGGCCUGGUCCGCUGGAAGCUGUGAGAUCAUGAAAAAUGGGCACUGCACUGCAUGUACCAGGAAGUGUCCUGUAUCAGCUCAUGUGAAAGACAAGUGGAUCUAUGUGACCAAGAAAAGGUACGUUAAGAAGACCAAUGAAGACAUGAAAAAACAAUAUGAAAUAAAUAAAACUGAAGGUCUGAACAAGCAAAGCCUUUUUGAAAAUCUUGAAGUGGAAUUGAACAAACUGACAGCAAAGAAGUCACCAUUACUGGAUGAGUCCUACCAGCAUCUUGUCAGACUGGAGCAGAUCGCUCUGAAAACUGAUUCAGCGUCCACUCUUGGCCACUUGGACUUCCUGAUUGAGAAGAUGAAGGAGGAAGGAGACACAGAGAAAGUCACUAAACUGGAGAAGAUGAAGAAGAGAGAGGCUGAAGCAAACAAACCAGAGCCAAACCUUUUUGACAAACUAACAGGAUAUGGGAAAAAGAUCUCUCUCUAG